CGUUUACCAGGUGCUUCAGGCUUACAAAAUGAACAUUUCGCACCUUCUGAACUCCCGAUCACUGCUGGUCGAUCGCAAUGGCAGCCUCGUUUCCAAUCAGCUUCGCGGAGGAAGCUCUCCCGCCCACCUUGACACCUGCCUCAGAGCAGCCACCUCUCCACGAUGGCACAACCAGGUGUUACUUACUACUACUUGAUUUUCUCUGUGAUACAUGUUCAUCUUCAUGUUUGUUUCUUUUGCUGCAUAUUACUUUGCUCACAUGCGUGCGGCUGGGAUUGCAGACUCUACAUGUCGUAUACUUGCCCGUAUGCGCAACGAGCGUGGAUCGCCAGGAACUGCAAGGGUUUACAGGGGAAGAUCGUGUUGGUGCCGAUUGAUAUGGCGGAUAGGCCAGCGUGGUACAAGACUGUUAACCCAAAGAAUCAGGUACCCUGCCUAGAGCACGACAACAAAGUGAUAGGAGAGAGUUUGGAUUUGACCAAGUACAUGGACAGCAACUUCGAAGGCCCCAAAUUGUUUCCUGAUGAUUUCGAGAAGCAAAGGCUUGGGGAAGAACUGCUGACUUAUUCAGACACCUUCAAUCAGGUGGUGCUUGCCUCGCUGACCUCCAAAGGCGGUGUGACGGCUGAAGCUGUUGCUGCUCUGGACAAGAUAGAGGACUCCCUUUCAAAAUUUGAUGAUGGGCCCUUCUUCCUUGGCCAGUUCAGUCUGGUGGACAUCGCAUAUGCACCAUUUGUAGAUGGAUUCAAGGUGUUCUUCGCCGGCAUACAGAACUAUGAUACCACCGCAGGAAGGCCUAACAUACAGAGAUUCGUCGAGGAAAUGGACAGCAUUGCGGCCUAUUCGAAGACCAAGCAGGACCCUCAAGAACUGCUCGCUCUCACAAGGAACAAGCUCGGGAUAUAAGGAUUUUCACUUGGAUAUAGAUAGACUGAUGGCUGAUGGAGGAUGUAAAAUACUAUAACCAGCAUCACCGCUCCGAGCGCAAUAAUUAAUAAUAGGUUUCUUGAUCUCAACAAAAUAAAAACAGUAAUAGGUUUCUUAAGCCACCAUGUAAAAAGUAGUAGUAGUACUACUGUUUUGUACACUGGCUAGUUUGUAAGUGUAUUUGUGCCCAUAAACCAGAAAUUCAAUUCGGCACAUGAGAGCAUAUGCUCUUGCCUCCGAAAAAACAUUUUAAAAUGUCAAA